CUCCAGGAAUCUCUGGCUUUGGGACAGGACGGCUGUCGUUCGGUUGGGGGAGGCGCCCAGGCUGGGUGCAUGUCCUGGGCCACCAGCCAAGAGAACAUGAUGUUCCCAAGUGCGCUGGCCGCCGCCCUCUCGGGCUGGCCGCCUCCCAAAACCGCUGCCUCUCCAGUCUCUCCAGCCUCCCUGCCCCACAUUCCCCGGCAGCCUCGCCCCGCCCCCUUCUUCCGCUUUGACGUCACCGCUGUCUCCCGCCCCCUCGCCUUCGUUGACGGCAGCAGGGCCUGGUUACUGUGGGGACGGACAAGCAGGACAACAAGGGCUUUGGGAGCAAGCAGGGGCCGCUGGAGGGCUGGAUCCUUUUGUCUAUGCAAAAGACAGGCAGAUGGAGGCGGGAGAGCAAGGACUGCCUGGGUCAGGGGAGAUCAUACCUAAAUCCCUGGGGGGGCCGAAAAAACAUGUUUCCAGGGAAGAGGUGUCUGCAAAUGAGACAAGGACAAGACCACAGUAUGAGCUGGGGUGGGGAGGAUCAUUUUCAGGGAGAGGAGACUGAGAAUCCAGGUUCCUGAAUCUUUUUUGUUUUCCUGUUUCGAUUUUUCUGGGUUAAUUUAUAACACACUCUUGUCCCAGCUUUUCUACAGAGCCCUCCCCUUCACCCUCCCCUCAUUGUUCAUGAAAGCUUAGGCCACGUGACAGUGAGGGGAGUGCCCCCACAAUGAUUAUGUCAGCAGCUGCUUGGAGGUCUGUUCAUCUACUACCCACGUUUCCAGGGAGCCCUGCGAGGAACUACUCAUCACGAUCCUGGAUGGAGGGGCUGUGUAACUGCAGCUCUCCUGGGCCCAGACUAGCAUUUUAGGUGGCGACAAAUCGUGUCCCUGUUCUCUUUCUAGGACUGCUCUCUCCUCUCUUUAACAUAGAAUUCCUAGUGCUUUUUCUCCUGUUGAUGCUCUUUCCCCACCUCCCCAACCUAUCCUUGUUUAAAAAAAAUAAUAAUGUUUAUUGAUCACUUGCCGUGUGUCAGAUCCUGUCCUGGUCUCUGGAGAGUACAGUGAAUGAGACAAAUGACGUUCCUGCUCGCCCCUGGAGCUUGGCUUUCUCUUUUCCAAGCAGUGGGAAUAUGAAGCCCUUGCCAUCCCACCUUUCUCUGUCUAGGGCCCCAGUUGGCCUCUUCUCUGUGCCAUCCCUUUUGUUCCUCUGUAGUCCUGGCUUCCUGGCCCCCAUUUUUGGAGCAGCCCUAACUGUGGGUGGCCGCGUCCUCUGGAGGGAAAUACUAGACACCACGUAGGCUGCCAGGAGACCUUUUCUCUGAGUGGCCAUAGAAGCACCUGCCAUUGUUUCCCUUCACAGCCACUAUUGGCUCUGGCCGCCCCUUCCAUUGUCUGCAUUCUUCCUCCACCCACACUCACCCACCAAUCACACGUGGACCCUUAAUUGUCCUUUCCCAGGAUUUGAAGUAUCAGGGGAAGUGCUUCAGUUAAAGGGCUUCAUUAUGUAGAAUGAAGUUUGGGAGGGAACACCGGUUGGGACAGGAACCCAGGAAAGGCCAAGCCAGGUUUCUGUCUCUUCCCCUCCUCUCAAGGACCAGCCAUCUCAUCCAGCGUGGCUAACUCCCAGGGCCAUUCGUUUUCCGCACCCCUGGAAAGGCGAAGAUGCCAAGAUGUUGUGUUCUGCAAGGCUAGUGCGUUCAGGAAGUAGACACGUCUUGAGCACCUACACUGGCCCGGGCGUUUUCCCUAAAGAGGGGCAGCGAACCUCCCCUCUCCUCCCUUCCAUUAUUCACUAUGCAAGCGUCCUGCGCCCAUUGGCUGGGCGGUGUCUGGGGCUCUUCAGCCCAGCACCAGCACCCAGGUCCACGUGCGCCCGUGUGUGUGACACAGCCCUGACCUUAGUGGAGACCACUAGCCAAUCAGGCGCCGGGAAGAGAUUCCCCAGCCAAUCGGGGGCGGGGCUUGUGGCUUCGCAGGCAAGAGGCCAAUGAGGGGGCCGUGCCCGGCAUUAUGCAACCCGCCUCCCCGCCCAGCGCAGCUUCCACUCGGCUGCGGGCUGGAGCGGCGGCGGGCAGGCAGGCGGAGGACACUCCUACGACCAGGUGCUGGCUGUGAUCGAACUUCUCAAUCCUCAGAGACUUAGAUCUUCCACCUCGCUCCCGCAGCCAGGCCUCCAGGCCCCCUCCUGCAUCCGUGGUGGCCUCUCCGCCUUCCCUGUUCUAUUCUCCCCAUGGCCUAGACAUGAGUGGCCCCCUAGAAGGGGCAGAUGGGGGAGGGGACCCCAGGCCUGGAGAAUCCUUUUGUCCUGGAGGAGUCCCAUCCCCUGGGCCUCCACAGCACCGCCCUUGCCCAGGCCCCAGCCUGGCCGAUGACACCGAUGCCAACAGCAAUGGUUCAAGCGGCAAUGAGUCCAAUGGGCAUGAGUCCAGGGGUGCGUCUCAACGGAGCUCACACAGCUCCUCCUCAGGCAACGGCAAGGACUCAGCCCUGCUGGAGACCACUGAAAGCAGCAAGAGCACAAACUCUCAGAGCCCAUCCCCACCCAGCAGUUCCAUCGCCUAUAGCCUCCUCAGUGCCAGCUCAGAGCAGGACAACCCAUCCACCAGUGGCUGCAGCAGUGAACAGUCAGCCCGGGCGAGGACCCAGAAAGAACUCAUGACAGCACUUCGAGAGCUCAAGCUUCGACUCCCGCCAGAGCGCCGGGGCAAGGGCCGCUCUGGGACCCUGGCCACGCUGCAGUACGCGCUGGCCUGUGUGAAGCAGGUGCAGGCCAACCAGGAAUACUACCAGCAGUGGAGCCUGGAGGAGGGCGAGCCUUGCUCCAUGGACAUGUCCACCUACACGCUGGAGGAGCUGGAGCACAUCACAUCUGAGUACACACUUCGUAACCAGGAUACCUUCUCAGUGGCUGUCUCCUUCCUGACGGGUCGAAUUGUGUACAUUUCGGAGCAGGCAGCCAUCCUGCUGCGUUGCAAGCGAGACGUGUUCCUGGGUACCCGCUUCGCUGAACUCCUGGCUCCCCAGGAUGUGGGAGUUUUUUAUGGUUCCACUGCUCCAUCUCGCCUGCCAACCUGGGGCACUGGGGCCUCUGCAGGUUCAGGCCUCAGGGACUUCACCCAGGAGAAGUCUGUUUUCUGCCGUAUUAGGGGAGGUCCUGACCGGGACCCAGGGCCUCGGUACCAGCCAUUCCGCCUUACCCCAUAUGUGACCAAGAUCCGGGUCUCAGAUGGGGUGCCUGCACAGCCGUGCUGCCUGCUCAUUGCAGAACGCAUCCACUCGGGUUAUGAAGCUCCCCGGAUACCUCCUGACAAGAGGAUUUUCACUACGAGGCACACACCCAGUUGCCUCUUCCAGGAUGUGGAUGAAAGGGCUGCCCCACUGCUGGGCUACCUGCCCCAGGACCUCCUGGGGGCUCCCGUGCUCCUGUUCCUGCAUCCUGAGGACCGACCCCUCAUGCUGGCUAUCCACAAGAAGAUCCUGCAGUUGGCGGGCCAGCCCUUUGACCACUCCCCUAUCCGCUUCUGUGCCCGCAACGGGGAGUAUGUCACCAUGGACACUAGCUGGGCUGGUUUUGUGCACCCCUGGAGCCGCAAGGUAGCCUUCGUGUUGGGCCGCCACAAAGUCCGCACGGCUCCCCUCAAUGAGGACGUGUUCACUCCCCCGGCCCCCAGCCCAGUUCCGCCCCUGGACACUGAUAUCCAGGAGCUGUCAGAGCAGAUCCACCGGCUGCUGCUGCAGCCCGUGCACAGCCCAAGCCCCACAGGACUCUCUGGAGUUGGCCCCGUGGCAUCUCCAGGCCCUCUCCACAGCCCUGGCUCUUCCAGUGAUAGCAACGGGGGUGAUGCAGAGGGACCUGGGCCUCCUGCGCCAGUGACUUUCCAGCAGAUAUGUAAGGAUGUGCAUCUGGUGAAGCACCAGGGGCAGCAGCUUUUUAUUGAGUCUCGGGCUUGGCCUCAGCCCCGGACCCGCCUCCCUGCUACAGGCAUGUUCAAGGCCAAGGCCCUUCCCUGCCAAUCCCCAGACCCAGAGCUAGAGACAGGUCCUGCUCCCAUCCAGGCCCCACUAGCCUUGGCCCCUGAGGAGGCCGAGAGGAAAGAGACCUCGAGCUCCUCCUACCAGCAGAUCAACUGCCUGGACAGUAUCCUCAGGUACUUGGAGAGCUGCAACAUCCCCAGCACCACCAAGCGUAAAUGUGCCUCCUCCUCCUCCUACACCACCUCCUCAGCCUCUGAUGACGACAAGCAGAGGACAGGCCCAGUCCCUGCGGGGACCAAGAAAGAUCCGCCGUCAGCAGUGCUGUCUGGGGAGGGGGCCACCCCACGGAAGGAGCCAGUGGUGGGAGGCACCCUGAGCCCGCUCACCCUGGCCAAUAAGGCGGAGAGCGUGGUGUCCGUCACAAGUCAGUGUAGCUUCAGCUCUACCAUCGUCCAUGUGGGAGACAAGAAGCUCCCGGAGUCGGACAUCAUCAUGAUGGAGGACCUGCCUGGCCUAGCCCCAGGCCCAGCCCCCAGCCCAGCCCCCAGCCCCACAGUAGCCCCUGACCCAGCCCCAGAUGCCUACCGUCCAGUGGGGCUGACCAAGGCCGUGCUGUCCCUGCACACACAGAAGGAAGAGCAAGCCUUCCUCAGCCGCUUCCGAGACCUGGGCAGGCUGCGUGGACUCGACAGCUCUUCCACAGCCCCCUCCGGCCCUGGCUGCCACCACAGCUCUGCACCCCACAGCCGCCGACACCACUGCCGAUCCAAAGCCAAGCGCUCACGCCACCACCAGAACCCCCGGGCUGAAGCCCCCUGCUAUGUCUCACACCCCUCACCUGUGCCACCCUCCACCCCCUGGCCCCCCCCACCAGCCACUACCCCCUUCCCAGCGGUUGUCCAGCCCUACCCUCUCCCAGUGUUCUCCCCGAGAGGAGGCCCCCAGCCUCUUCCCCCCACUCCCACAUCUGUGCCCCAGGCUGCUUUCCCCGCCCCUCUGGUGACCCCAAUGGUGGCCUUGGUUCUCCCGAACUAUUUGUUCCCAACCCCAUCCAGCUAUCCUUAUGGGGCUCCCCAGACCCCUGCUGAAGGGCCCUCUACUCCUGCCUCGCACUCCCCUUCUCCAUCCUUACCCGCCCUCCCCCCCAGCCCUCCCCACCGCCCAGACUCUCCACUGUUCAACUCAAGAUGCAGCUCUCCACUCCAGCUCAAUCUGCUGCAGCUUGAGGAGCCCCCCCGUGCUGAGGGGGCUGCUGUUGCAGGGGGCCCUGGGAGCAGUGCCGGGCCCCUACCUCCCAGUGAGAAGGCUGCUGAGCCAGAGGCCAGACUGGUGGAAGUCACAGAGUCCUCCAAUCAGGAUGCGCUUUCUGGCUCCAGUGACCUGCUGGAGCUGCUGCUGCAAGAGGACUCGCGCUCUGGCACAGGCUCCGCAGCCUCGGGCUCCUUGGGCUCCGGCUUGGGCUCUGGGUCUGGUUCAGGCUCCCACGAGGGGUGCAGCACCUCAGCCAGCAUCACUCGCAGCAGCCAGAGCAGCCACACAAGCAAAUACUUUGGCAGCAUCGACUCUUCUGAGGCGGAGGCCGGGGCUGCUCGGGCAGAGGCUGAGCCCGGGGACCAGGUGAUUAAGUACGUGCUCCAGGAUCCCAUUUGGCUGCUCAUGGCCAAUGCUGAUCAGCACAUCAUGAUGACUUACCAGGUGCCCUCCAGGGAUAUGACUUCCGUACUGAAGCAGGAUCGGGAGCGGCUCCGAGCCAUGCAGAAGCAGCAGCCUCGGUUUUCAGAGGACCAGCGGCGGGAACUGGGCGCUGUGCACUCCUGGGUCCGGAAGGGCCAGCUGCCUCGGGCUCUUGAUGUGAUGGCCUGUGUGGACUGUGGGAGCAGCACCCAAGACCCUGGUCACCCUGAUGACCCACUCUUCUCCGAGCUGGAUGGACUGGGGCUGGAGCCCAUGGAGGAGGGUGGAGGCGAGCAAGGCAGCAGCGGUGGCGGCAGUGGUGAGGGUGAGGGCUGCGAGGAGGCCCGGGCCCAAGUUGGGGCCAAGGCCUCUAGCUCUCAGGACUUGGCCAUGGAGGAGGAGGAGGAAGGCAGGAGCUCAGCCAGUCCAGCCUUACCUACAGCAGGAAACGGCGCCAGCUAGACUCCCAUUUUGGGACCAUCUCCAGGAGCCCAUGAGCAGCUUCCUUCUGUGUCCCAAUUCUCAGAACUCAGAUGUGGCUGGACCAACCAGUGGGAAACUGCCCCAGCUUCUCCCACCAUAGGGGGCUGGACCCCCAUCAUCAUCCCAGGAUCCAGGGGCUGCCUCUGGCCUCUUAGGGAGCAGAGAGUAGAACUCUGCAGCCCAACCCAGAGGAGGGUCACCUUCCACCUUUGGAGAGGAGCCCUUCCCUCUCCUGGACAGAGUUGCUGACAAGCUGCUGAAGUGGCUUCUCCAUAUCCCAGCUGAGCCUGAGUCCGAUUCCUGAGGAUUGGGGCUGCACUUAUUUAUUGGGGGAGACAGCUCUCUCCCACCUCCUCCCCAGAUGGGAGGAGAGCCUGAGGCCCAAGCAGGACCCAGGGGUUCCAGCCCCUAGCUGCUCUGGGGUGGGGGAGGUUGGUGGACCAUGGAGUCCCUGGUGCUGCCCCUCAGGUGGGACCCAGGUGUUCUCAGCUGUACCCUCUGCCGAUGGCAUUUGUGUUUUUGAUAUUUGUGUCUGUUAUUACUUUUUUAAUACAAAAAGAUAAAAAAGCCCA